ACGCCGAGGUGCAUGUCUUCAUGUCAAACGGUUUCCGCUGUUCAGUCCCGUCUCCAGAGAAAACCUCCUGUGGAACUACGUUCAAAACAAUCAUGGAAAAAGUAGAUCAUGAUGGAUCUGGAGAGAACACUGAUGAGCUGCUCUCUGCAGAUGCGGAUGAUGCAGGAGUUGAUGUUUAUAGGCUCAUACCUCUGCCAUUAUCCCAUGAUCACUGCGAUCACCUACUGGAUGCCAUAGAUGCACAGCUAAGUUGUCUACAGACCCACAGCCAUAACCAAAUGCCUCAAGGAAACUCCAAGAGAUAUGAAUUUCCCUCCUUGGGCAAUCUUGAUCGGAGCUGGUCUUUAAGUAAUGACACAGGUCUGGGAAGCACUGUUCAGACAAAUUAUAAAACAGCAUCAACUUCUGAUCGGACCCCUUCAGGCAAAGGUGGCCAAACAGAACAUCAGCCAGUAGAAAUGAUAAAGGUUGGAGCUUCAGUCACAGACAUGUGGCAUCCUGAGGGAAAUGGCAGUUUAAGCUCAGUGUCCAGGAAAGAGCAGUGCUGCUGGAGACUAGAGAGGCUUCUUGGAAGAAGUGCUGAAAUAGUAGGAAUGGAAAACUUAGAGGACAGCAUCUGCACUGAGGACUUCUCAACUCACUUCAGAAAUGAGAUGCUGGACAUGCCUGGCACAGCGCCAGCCCCUGAUGCUCCCAUGAACAGAAGUGACACUGCAGAUCAUAUUGAGCCCCAGAGGAGUCCUCAUCAUGAAAGAUCAAAGAAUCACCCACAGCAUCUCUCCAAAACACCAAUCAGACAUCUCGCAGGAAUUCCUAUGCAGAGUUUUGAUUCAGUCACCAUAGACACUGAUCUAGAAACAGUGUGCUCAGAACAGGUUCGACAGCACCUGAAGUCUGCUCUCAGCAACAGCACAGGUUCAGAAUUUCAUCUGAUAAAAGAAAAUGGAUUCUGUACAAGACAAGCCAUCAAAAACAAAACUGAAUCCUUCAGCUCUGAUGAUGAGGGAACCAUUGAUGAGAUGAGUGGUGAAGGUGCCAUGUCUACGCUUUACUACAGAGGCAGCAGACACACAUCUGGCAGGAAGGGAAAGCGGAGGAGGGCCCACCAGAGCAGAAGAAAAAACUCCCAUACAAGUGCAGAGAGACCUCAGGACAAGAUCAUCAUAGAUAGAGAUAAACUCAGAGAGCUUAGACUGUCACUUGCUGAGCUUCAGCAGCAAAAAACAGCUGUGGUUCAAUCUCUGGAGAAGCUGAGACAGGAAAUGGAUCAGGGUAAGAGGGAGCAGUACUCUCUACAGCUCAGUAUGAGGGAUAACAGAGCACAGGCCCAGAACAUUAGGUGUGAGUUACACAGACUGCAGGCUCAGAGGGACUUAUGUUUGGAGGAGGUCAAGGUUCUGCAGGAGCAACAGGUCACUCUAGAUCAGAGGCAACAUUUUGCACUGAACCAGGACAUCAGCUGUCACAAUUGUGUAAACCGAAAUGUGUCUGCUCUGGAGAGGGAAGAGAUGGAUAGGCUGCUGGAUAAUGCCAAAUCUGAACUAUUCUCAGAACAGAGACACUUUAGACACUCACUGGAGUCUAUACAGGAGGAGUUAGAGCAGAGAGAAGAGGACUGCAGGGCUCUCCGACAGAAAUGCAGUGAUUUGGAGGGGCAGUUGGUUUAUACAAUCAGAGAAAGAGAACAAAUAAAAGAGUCUUCACAGGAAGAGCUAAAGCAGCAGGCAAACCGGUUUGGAGUGCUGGAGAAAAUUAUUGCCCAGAAAGAUCUUCUUCUGCAGGGGAUGGAGGAGGAAAAGAAAGCCCUUCAUCUGGAGCUCAACUCACUUAGAGAGGAGCACAGCUUAAAGCUGUCAGAAAUAAAGGACAGGACACAGAAAGACAAGGAGCAAGAGAUUGAGCAACUGACAUUACAGUUAGCAAAAAGCCACAAAGAAGAACUUCAAAUGAUGUAUCAGCAGGCAGAGGUGUUGAGAUCAGCUGCUCUCAGUGAACAAGCUCAAACCCACAAACAGAGCAUCGACACCUUCCAAAACUGCAUCCAGAUGAAAGAUGAGGAGGUUAAGAGACUAAAAGAGACUCUAGAGCAGCAUGAGGAGAACAUGAGAAGGCAAGCAGAGGAACUGAGAAGAGAAACUCAGGAAAAGAUUGGAAAGGCUGUGAAGCGAGAGGAAAGGAAUUGGAAGGAGCAGAGAGAGAAGGCUCUCAGAGAGCAGCGUGGGAUCCUGGAGGAGCAGAUAGAGGAGGCGGAAAAGAAAGGGAAAGUGGAGUUGGAGAAAGAGAGAAGGAACACCCUGGCCUUGCAAAAUAAACUUAUUGAGAUUCAGAAAGAGGCUGAGAAAGAGAUGGUGUGUCUGAAGAAAAGUUUCCAGUGCUCUGAAAAAGAGCUUCAGGAGCUGAGGUCAGCCCUCAUUGAGAAGGAGCAAAAACACCAGAGAAGAACAGCCAGACACGAGCAGCAGAGCAGGCACUGGGUGCAGGACAUAUACACUGAGUGUGUUUAUCUGCAAGAGUUGCUUAAGUACAAUGGCCUGACUGUUGAGAGCAAACACCUGUCAGACAGGCCUACAAUGAGUGAAGCUCUUCAGACUCUGCAGUCCAUCACAAAGGUCCUAAAACAGCUUAUCAAUGAUCUAAAGAAUGAGCUUAGCUCACAGAGACGGGCUGCACUACAGCACAGCCGUGAUAAGGAGCAAGAUUCAUGUCUUCAGAAAGAGCAGCUGAUAGAGGAAAAGGAACAAGCACUAGCAGCACUAAAAGACAAACUCAUAAAAGAGCACAUUGAGGAAAUGAGUAGCCUAUCCAGAGCCCAGCUACACAGGGGUGAUGACGAUACAGAUGGACUGUUUGCACGUCUGCGCAGGCAGCUGCAGGCUAAAGAUGAUGAGCUUAGGCAGGUGGUGAAUAACAUGGCACACUGGAAAGACAAAACCACUGCAAGACUUGCACGCAAAUUUGAAUUGGAGCUCACCGCAGAGCUGGAGAGAAAGGCCCUAAAACCCAGAGCAGAACAGCAGAAGAGAUUGGAGAGACUGGAGAAUGAGAUGAGACAGCUAACUAGGCAAUGCGGAGACUAUAGAGAAUCCCAGUUAGCCUCCACUGCUCUUCAAAGUGACCCAGACUUCCAAAAGUCCCCAAGUACCCAGGACCUGACCUCAUAUAAACUACUGCGGCACCUACAGACUCGCAUUCACCAGCUGCAGGCAGAGAGUCAGACCCACUGCACCAGCCUAGGCAAGUGGGGCAGGGAAGACAGGGACCUGGGAGGGUCUUAUCUGGAUACGAUUGAUCCAGCCAAGGAGAGCAAUAAGACUGAGGGUUGCUUACCAGCUAGCACCUUUCCCAGUUAACGUUUACUUUUAACUCUCUUAUCCUAGAACUUGUCCAUUACAUCAUUCAUUUUUAUAGGGAAAACCAUGUUCAAGAAAAAACAUUUCAUUACUUUCUUUGUGAAAAUCAUGACUAGUGUUCUUGGUCUGGAAGGACAGGAUUUUGUGCUUUAUUGAAGGUGAAUGUAAAAGAUGAAAAAAAUGUAAUUAAAGAAUUCUUGAACUCAGCUGCUGUUUGAGCUUGACCAUGAAAUGAAUAGAACUUAACCCUGUUACACCUGUGUAUUUUAAACAUUGAAGCACUCAUCAUUGUAAUAGAUUGAUGCUGCCAAAAUAAGUGCCAGUUCAUGACUUUGAUAAUUUUUUCUGCAUAAAUAAAAUGUC